AUGUGGAAUUGCAUGCGUCGUUUGGCUAAUGAGAAAAACAAGAACCCGCAAACUUUCGAAGUCAGGAUGGUUGGUCAGCGAUAUGUCAUGACUGCAGACCAGGAAAACAUCAAAGCAAUGCUGGCAAUCCAGUUCGAUGACUUUGGUAAAGGUCCAAGAUUCCAAAGAGACUGGGGUGACUUGAUGGGACACAGUAUUUUCGUGUCGGAUGGUCAAAGGUGGCAUGAUUCUCGACAACGCCUACGACCGAUGUUUGCGAGACAGAGGAUUAGUGACCUUCACUGUUUUGAACGACAUGUACAAGCUUUAUUACCAUUAAUCGAUGGAGAAAAGACCGUUGAUAUAAAAAAUCUUUUCAGCAGAUUUGCCAUGGACGCUGCGGCAGACUUUUCAAUGGGAAUUGAACUAGAUUCUCUUCACAAUAAGAACUCUGACUAUUUCGAUGCUCAAGAGCGAGUAAGACAUACUCAGUCUCUCAUCGAACGUGCAGGGCCACUCAAUUGGCUCAUUCCAAGGACACAAUUCAAAGCAGACCUAAAAUUAAUCGAAAAAUUCAUGGAGCCGACGUUGAUGAAGGCUUUAGCCGGGUCUGAUAUCAAGUCGUCAGGGAGAGACCAUGACAAAUACACUUUUGUACAGGAGUGUCUUGAGGUUUCUCGCGAUCCCCAGUUUCUUCGCGAUGAGAUCCGAACAAUUCUCAUUGCAGGUCGCGAUACAACAGCUACCACACUCGCAUGGGUCUUCUAUGAAUUGGCCUGUCAUCCAGAGGUCAUUGCAGACUUGAGACGGGAGAUAGCUGCCAGCAUUGGCAUGGAAAAGAAGCCGACAUAUGAGGACCUAAAGAACAUCAAGAUCCUCUCUUAUAUACUCAAUGAGACGUUGAGAAUCUAUCCAGUGGCUCCUUUCAACGUCAGAGCAGCUCUUAAGGAUACCAGCCUACCUAGAGGAGGUGGUUCUGACGGAAAUGGCCCUGUGGGGAUACCUGCUGGAACUGUUGCGAUAGUUGGAAUACGGAGCCGUGUGGCACUUCCAGCCACACGCCCGCCAGGCUGA